UAGCUCUGGAGUGACAAACCGGAUUGUUGUUGGGAUGUAAACAAAUCCCCGAGGCGAAAAUCUCGAGAUUGAAUUGAUUUCUUGACAGUGUUAUUCAUGAAAAUAUGUGGAGGUGAAUAGUAAAAUUAUUACUCAUGUAAAUUCUUCAAUUAAUUACCUGAAUGCAUGGAAAAUUGACUACACAUUUAUAAACUUAGUGGUAGAAAUUGUAAAGAUGAUCAAAAUGGAGUGCGAUUGCUUUCCCAAAUUGUUCAGUAACAUGGAAGAUGCUGACUACUAUAUACAGGCAGCCAAACGAAUACAGAAGAAAAACAACGGAUACAAAUUAAAAAUUAUAGUUAUUCCAUUUGUUUGUUAUUUCAAAUAAACAUGAUAAUAG